GUGCCGGGCGCGGUCCGGCGCUGCUCGCCCAUGCGGGCGGGCUGAGCGGCGCUGCCGCCGCUGUCCCGGCCGAGCAUGGCCUCCAAUUUCAACGACAUCGUCAAGCAGGGCUAUGUGCGCAUCCGGAGCCGGCGGCUGGGGAUUUACCAGAGGUGCUGGCUAGUGUUCAAAAAGGCUUCAAGCAAAGGGCCCAAGAGGCUGGAGAAGUUCUCAGAUGAACGAGCUGCGUACUUCAGGUGCUACCACAAGGUGACAGAGCUCAACACCGUGAAGAACAUCUCCAGGCUGCCCAAAAGCACCAAGAAACACGCCGUGGGCAUUUAUUUCAGCGAUGACACCUCCAAAACCUUCACCUGUGACUCAGGUGUUCUGGGCAUUUCCACAGAGCUUGAGGCAGAUGAGUGGUGCAAGGUGCUGCAGAUGGAGUGCCUGGGAACUCGCAUUAAUGACAUUAGCCUGGGAGAGCCUGACUUGUUGGCAUCUGGAGUAGAGAGGGAGCAGAGUGAGAGAUUCAAUGUGUAUUUGAUGCCAUCCCCUAAUUUAGAUGUGCAUGGGGAAUGUACCUUGCAGAUAACAUUUGAGAACAUCUGUCUUUGGGACAUCCAGAAUCCCAGAGUCAAGCUGGUCUCGUGGCCUCUCAGUGCCCUGCGGCGCUACGGGCGGGACCCAGCCUGGUUCACCUUCGAGGCUGGCAGGAUGUGUGACACAGGAGAGGGGCUCUUCAUCUUCCAGACCAGGCAAGGAGAAGCCAUCUACCAGAAGGUUCACUCAGCUGCCCUGGCCAUAGCAGAGCAGCACGAGCGGCUGCUGCAGAGCGGCAGGAGCAACAUGCUGCAGCUGAAGAGGAGCGAGCGGGCGCUGUCCCUGGGCACUGUGCUGCCCCUGCCCCGCAGCGCCUACUGGCACCACAUCACCAGGCAGCACAGCACGGGCCAGCUGCUGGGCCUGCCAGGUGAGGGGACACUGCCAGAUGUUCCCAGCCCCCUGAAGCUCCAUCGCACCGACACUUUUCCAGCCUGCAGGUCAGAGCAUUGAUA